CUUUUCUAAACAUUUAUUUUCGCGCACGGAUUCCGUAUAAAACACGAGGAUUCACGCAUACAUUUUGCAGCACACGUUUAGAUCACCUCCCCUACUAUUGUAAGUUCAGCUCUGCUCUUCUUCGGCUCUCUCCCUCUCCACAUUCCCGUCUCCAACAGCCUGACAGGAGUUUGAAAUUUCCGGGCUUGAAUUUGAAGCGGCGAUUGGCCCAGGAGGAGCUUACCUACAUGCAAAUGAAGCAACGCAACCUUGUUGUCUCCGAUCCAGAGCGUGAUGAGGAGGACGUGAGGAGGAGGACCGGGAAUACACUCAUGUUCCCCGAGCUCUAGAAAAUACACCUCCAACUCCUUUUAAUGAUAAACUCUACAAUUAAACAGGCUGGGGGUGAAAAGGGGAGCAUAAAAAGAAAACGCAGAGAAAAGACGCCUUCGUAAUUUUUACGCACCAGUCGUGUAGAAAGCAAUCACGGAAUCCACCGGGGCAGACCGAUUCAGUCAAUACUUCAAUACUGUUAUGAAGCGAGAAUGAGUAACGCAGACGACAGCGGGAGCAAGUGCUCGUCGGGGCCAAUUUCUAGCUUUACCAUCCAGUCUAUUUUAGGCACGCCGUCCGAUGAGCCGCGCUCUGGGACCAAGGAGCUCUCCAAGGGGCCGUCGCCGCCGCGGAGGCGCUCGCUGUCGGUGUCCUCCGAGGAGGAGUGCAGCGGUGGGGAGGACUCAGCGGACUGCUUCUGCUCCGACACGGGUCACGGCGAGCCGUGCGCACAGCACCAGGCGCACAACUUCUGUCUGGGUUCCGCCAAAAGUCUCCUGUCUGGGAAUGACGCGCUCUUGCGACGGCCGCACCUGUCACAGCCUCUGCUGCAGGAUUAUAAGAAGGAGCAGGAACGACCAUGCCAUCAAAUGUCACCUCUGUCCGAGGAGAGACAGACAGACGUUGCGGACAAGCAGGGCAACUCGGCCAAAAAGAAGACGCGCACGGUUUUCUCCCGGAGUCAGGUGUACCAGCUGGAGUCCACCUUCGACAUGAAGCGCUACCUGAGCAGCUCGGAGCGGGCCUGCUUAGCCUCCAGCCUGCAGCUGACGGAGACUCAGGUGAAGACGUGGUUUCAGAACAGGAGGAACAAAUGGAAAAGGCAGCUCUCUGCUGAGCUGGAGGCGGCCAACAUGGCUCACGCCUCCGCACAGACUCUAGUGGGGAUGCCGCUGGUUUUCAGAGAUAAUAACUUGCUGCGUGUCCCUGUUCCCCGUUCCAUUGCCUUCCCGACGCCUCUCUAUUACCCCGGGAGCAACCUGCCAGCGUUACCUUUAUACAACCUGUACAACAAACUCGAGUACUGAUGAACUUUUCUGUAAAUGAAGUAAAAAACUAAACAAAACAACACGUUAAAACAUUUUAAGUGUCUACAUAACCACAUAUAUUGUAUCACUUUAUUUGUUAAAAGUCUAAUGCAGCAUCUGUAAAUUUCAAGAGAAAGCAACCAAGCUUCCCUAUAUGUAUAAAAUACACCAUGUGUAUAAUUAAUAAUGACAUAUUUGUACCUUUUUAUUUUUUCCUUCUCAUUUGAUUAGAAAAUACUUCUAAUUUGACAUCCCAACUGAAAGUGGAUUUUAAAAAAGAUGCUUUUAUACUUUCUACCCUCGGCUGGUUCAACAUGUCAUAUCUUUCAUUUUAUUUGACCAAAGGAUAAAAAUAAAAUAAAAUAAAUAAAGACUUCCUUAUGGGGAAAACUAUAAAUGUUUCUAUUGUAAUCUAGACUCAGUUUCAGUCAAUAAAUUUUUGUAUUUCAGUGACAA